AUGCGGUUUAGGGGGCAACUCACGAAUAUCGGUACCUUUACUAAAUUUACAGCGUCCCUUGCCUCCCUGGGGAAAAUAUGCUGGGUACGACUUGAAGAAGACGCCGUGCGUUUCACCAUCAUCCCCGACCAGGGAACACAAGUUUGGGCACAGUUACCUAUUGAAACCAUUUUCGAUUCCUACACCUUAUCAGCCGCGGCAGAAGUGAUUAACCUAGAAGUUCCAAUCGCCGCUCUCCACCGCGCUCUCAGAUCAGCAACAGACGCCACUUCAGCAGCCCUGCGCUUAACGAAAAAAGGAUCCCAGCCAGUGCUGGCCUUGACAGUCGUGACUUCUUCGUGGACGGAUGGCAAAAACGCCCUUGGUAUCACCGCCGGCCCCGGGUCUCAAACCAGAGAUAAUGACGAACACGCAACGAACCCGACAGCACUUGAAGGGAUCCAGCUUGGGGCCCGAGAGCGGGAAACCUUGGUUACCCAGGAAAUCCCCGUUCGCGUGCUCCACCCGUCGGUCGUGGAGACACUGCAUGAACCGCGCUGCCGUGAGCCAGACGUUCACAUCGUGCUCCCUAGUUUGAUUCAAUUGAAAAGUAUAUCAGAGAGGUUUACGAAGCUAGCAACUGACACGAUGCGAGUUAGCAGCGCCACAAUGGUCGGUGGUGUUAAUUCAAGUCCCAAAUUGGAACUGGGCGCAAACAUGCAUGGUUCAUUAAAACUCGGAAUUGCUACCGACACAUUGAAAAUUUCUAGCGUGUGGACCGGGUUGGUGAAUCCGGAACUUGAUCCUGCCCAGGUAUCUCAGGAUGAAGCCGGGCAACGACCUAGUGAACGUAUGAGGGAGCUUGGGGGAGAGCAUGGUGAGAAUGAGGAGGGAUGGGCGACUGUUAAAAUUGAUGGGAAAGACUGGGGACGAGUGCUAAGUGUUGGACGGUUGAGUCCUAGAGUCGUGGCUUGCUUCAUUCAUAACACCGCCUUAAUUCUCUAUGUCUAUCUCCAGAAUAGCUGGAGUGGAGAUGAAUCGUGCCUAACCCAUUUUUGGGGAACCGCCCUACCAGGCCGUGGUAUACACCUCAAACGACCGGGGAAGAAUUGGUUAGAGCUAUCCCAAGAGCGAAAGAUCAUUGGCGGAAAAAGGGAACGUAAUCUAAAUGAAGUUACAUACUUGGAAAUUGCAAAAGGCUUAUAA